AUGUUUGCCGCCAAAACAUCCAAAGCCAUGCCCUUGAGUAUUUACGAUUUUCUCAUAAGCGAUGCAAAAUUCCUCUCAGACGUUGGCGAAUAUUAUUUUGGAGCGGAUGAAACUGAAGAUGGCGAGUUAAAACGCGUUGUGCGACAAGAAAAUUCCGAUAGAAAUGGCAGCGCAGGCGACAAAUGCAUGCUUCCAAUGCGAAAAGGGUAUUGUCGAGCUCUUAUCCCUCGCUUUAGUUACGACCCAUCGAAGGGAACCUGCAUCGAAUUCAAGUUUGGCGGAUGUGAUGGAAAUGCAAACAACUUCCUCAGCUUCGAUCAGUGCAUGAAUGCGUGCGGCAAAGGUAAAAAAUUACAUCAACACUCCUUGAACGACGCCCGUUUCGAUGACUUUUAGAAGGAAAAUUUGAGGAUUUUACAAG